ACGUCACAUCCGCUCCCGCAUUAACCAUCCACAAAUAAGUCAACUAUGCAGCGAGUAUAAAAAUAGAAAGCUUGUGUUCAUCUUGGCACAGUUAAUUUAGUUAGCGGUCGGCCGAAAAAAACGUUGAAUUUUCAUGAAAACGGGCAGGGAACGCGAUUCAACAGUAAAUCGAUCCUCCGCAGGGUGGCGGUAAGAAAUAUCGGCGCCAUAUUGAAGAGAGAAGAACCGGAGCACUUUGUUUCUUCACCAUGGAGGUUCCUGGACCCGACAGCGACUGGAGGAGUCCUCAGUUCCGACAGAAAGUGGUCACUCAGAUUGAAGACGCCAUGAGGAAAGCAGGCACCGGGCACAACAAGUCCAGCAACGACAUGGAAAACCACGUUUACAUCAAGGCCAAGUCCAGAGAGGAGUAUUUGUCCCUGGUGGCCAGACUCAUCAUCCACUACCGAGACAUCCACAAGAAGACGCUGGGCGGUCCGGAUCCCAUGAAUGCCCUGACUAAUCUGACGGGGGGCCCGGGCGCCAUUGGCAUGGGGUCUCACCCCCCCGGUACCCCGGUGGGGGGCAUGGGGGCCAUGGGGCCCAUGCAGAUUGGCCAGCAUGCCAUGGCGGGGGUGUCUGGAAACCCACAAGCCUUGGGUGGUCCGGCCCAGUUGGCCAUUCAGCAGUCCCUCCAGUACCAGCAGUUCCAGGCGCAGCAACAGCAGCAGCAGCAGUUCCAGGCGCAGCAGCAGCAGAUGAGGGCUCAGCAGCAGAUGCACCAGAACCAGCAGGCCCAGAACCAGCAGCAACAGAACCAGAUGCAUCAGUCCAGGCUCCAGCAGCAGCAGCAGCAGCAGCAGAUGGUGCAGUUGCAGCUGCAGCAGCACGCCCAGGCCCAGUCCAUCCAGCACAUAGUCCAGCAGAACCAGCCCAUGCAGAACCAGACCAUGCAGCAGCAGCAGCAGCAGCAGCAGCAGCAGCAGGCCGCCAUGACACCACAGAUGUCUGCUCAGCACGUCCCCAUCACCUCCAUCAACCAGCAGCACCACUUCAAGAUACAAGCUCUGCAGGCCCGUGCAGCGCUGCAGCAGCAGCAGCAGCAGCAGCAGCAGGCAGCGGCGCAAGCCCAAAUGGCGGCCACAUCAGGACAGCUGGUGCGACCCAGCAUGCAGAUCCCGGCCCGCCUGCCCCGGCCCACUCUGGCCCCGUCUGGCCCGCCCUCCACUCCCGCUGUGACGGGCCCGCCCAUGACGCAGCAGGUGCAGCAGCACGCCAUGAUGUCGUCGCCUUCGCCGGUGCAGGUCCAGAAUCCGCAGUCCAUGCCUCCUCCCCCGCAGCCCUCCCCCCAGCCCCCCGCCUCCCAGCCCAACUCUGUCAGCUCGGGCCCCACGCCAUCGCCGGGAGGGUUCCAGCCCAGCCCGUCGCCCCAGCCCUCGCAAAGUCCGUCCACCGCCAGGACCCCCCAGAAUUACGGCGUCCCCUCUCCGGGCCCGCUCAGCACUCCAGGAAACCCCACCUCCGUGAUGAGUCCGGCGGGCGCAGCGUCCCAGGAGGACCAGCAGUACAUGGAGAAGCUGAAACAACUGUCCAAAUACAUCGAGCCUCUCCGCAGGAUGAUCAACAAGAUCGACAAAAACGAAGAGCGCAAGAAGGACCUCAGCAAGAUGAAAUCUCUCCUCAACAUCCUGACUGACCCCAACACCAGGUGUCCUCUGAAGACGCUGCAGAAGUGUGAGAUCGCUCUGGAGAAGUUGAAGAACGACAUGGCCGUGCCGACGCCCCCUCCCCCGCUGGCCACCAAGCAGCAGUACCUGUGUCAGCCUCUGCUGGACGCCGUCAUGGCCAACCUGCGCUCGCCCGUCUUCAACCACUCGCUGCACCGCACCUUUGCCCCCGCCAUGACGGCCAUUCACGGCCCACCAAUCGUCGGCCCCAACGUGGCGGUACGAAAGAGGAAGCAGGACGACGACGAGCGCCAAACGGUGCCCAACAUCCUGCAGGGGGAGGUAGCUCGCCUGGACAUCAAGUUCCUGGUCCACCUGGACCCGGCCCACUGCAGCAACAACGGGACCGUGCACCUGCUCUGCCGACUGGAGGACAAGAACCUCCCCAGCGUGCCUCCUCUGCAGCUCAGCGUGCCCGCCGACUACCCCGACCAGAGUCCACACUGGGCUGACGACGGCGAGCAGUAUGGCGCCAACAACUUCCUGCAGACGGUGCACAGCAACAUGGCGUCCAAGCUGCUGCAGCUGCCCGACAAACACUCGCUGACCGAGGUACUCAACACCUGGGCGCACAGCGUGCGGCAGGCCUGUCUGCUGGCCGCCUAAGCCCCGCCCACUUUGUCUUUUCUCACUUGAAUAAAGGUUGACUUCAAA